CCACAUCCCACACCCACACCCACCCACACCCACACCCACACCCACCCACACCCACACCCACACCCACACCCACACACCCACACCCACACCCACACCCACACCCACACCCCAUACUUGUCUAUUGUUCAAAGCAAAGUGAAAGUGAAAAAAAGUUUCUUAGAUACUAAUAUUAACUAAGAAAGAUUCGUAAUUUUUUAUUUUAUUUUAAUAUUUAUUUCAUCAACAAUUAUUAGAAUACAAAAAAAUAGAAAAUCAAAGCUAACUCGUCAGAUAAUAAAGAUCAAAACAUACAAAGAAAAUACAUGCAUAACCAACUUACUAGGGAAAUGAGUGUGGAUGUGGUGGAUGUGGGUGUAGAUGCGGGUGUGGGUGUCGGUGUGAGUUCGAUGUGUGGAUGUAUGUAUGGGUGCGUAAAUCGUGCGGGUAUGAGUGUAAAUGUGAGUGUGAGUGCCUGUGUGAGUGGCUGUUACAUAAGAGAAGAUGAGACUACACCACACACAAUUAGACCCACACCCUAUACUGUAACUUCAGAUUUUGUCGAGAGUGCUGACUUCUACAGAUUGGAGAGAAGUACAUUCCUACAAUAUCAAAAUUCAAGAAAAAUGAAUAAGAGAUAAGUCUUUGAUUAGCGUACAUGGAAUUAGUUCUUUAUCUUCAACAAAAAAAAGAGAGUAGAAGCAUUGUUAAAAUUAAGAACGACAUAUUUUGACGUAGAUGAUAGUUUGCUCGAUCUUUGAUUGCGGAAGGCACAAUUAGGCAUAGAUUACAGCUUUCCUGACCAGUGACAACAUCAGCGAUAAAUGAAACGGCUGCUGUUUUUGCAUAGACAGAACCGCUAUAUGUGAUAUUGGUCCCGAAGCCAACAGAUGCAUAGGCGAGAAUAUUUCCGAGAAAGCGACUAUACUGGCCGAGCGUAGCACUACUGCCUACUUGCCAGAAGAUGCAACUAGCCUUGGCGCCAUUUAUUCCUCGGAUUUCACUAUAGGCCGACGUCGUGAGCGCACUGCUAAUCUGAAAUAUAUAAAUACCAGUUCCAUUCAGUGUUAAAAUACCUGCCGGUGUGUCGAUUCCAGCAGCCGAGUCGAAUUUGUAUAUGCCUGGUACGAGUGUCUUACUUGUUAGAUCAAUUCCCGUCAUCUGAGCAGUGAUCGGCGCUCCCUUUAAGUCGUUGUACGCCGAUGUGACGUCUUUUUGCGCUUGUAGAGCGACAACAGUGCCCAAUUCAGUAAUGCCAUUAAUCACACCCGUCGGAUUAAAGCCAGUCAAUGAGAUGCUCGGACUUAUAGCUAAGUUGCCGUUGAUGACAGUGAGACCAGUGUUGCUCACUGAGCUGGCUGCAAUCACAGUAAAAUUGGCAGCACUGUUCAAAGUUGGACAAAUGAUUAAAUUAGCUUCAGUCACAGUCAAAGACAUCAGAACAUAAAACGCUAUACUCAGUAGCAUUUCUUUUGUAGAAAGGUAUUUUUUGGCUGAUGAAUAAAUAAGAGUAAUAGAACACGAGAUGCAUCUACCAUUUAUAGACAUCAUUUCGAUUCUCGAUAGGUGCCGACCUUUCCUCUCAAACGAUAAAAAGCAGUAAUUAACACACCGACGUGAGGUGAGAACGUAUAAGAUGAUCAAAGGUUGAUGAGAAAAAAUGGCUAUUGAUUAAUCGUGUGAGACAUUUGUUUUGCAUAGAAGACCAUAUACGUUGCCCUUUUGCCCUUUUCUCUUUUUGAAAUAAAUGAAAAAGACAAAAGAUCGCUGUUUGCACUUACUUUAUGCAAACCAUGAUUUGGAAUAGUGAUCAGCUGAUGACAUGAUUCAUCGUCACACCCACACCCUCGAUGCACGGCGAGAAUCAAAAGUAUUAGUAGUGUACAUCACAGAAGCUAGUUUUUAGUCUUCAUCUGUUUCUGUCUUUCAGAAGGUAUCAACAAAGUGCUAUUCGAUAUGAUAAAAUCAAUUGGAUGUUUCUUUUUGACAUUCUAUUUCAUUGAGCCAUAGCAGCAAUAGACGUUACGUAUUGAUAGAGUGCGCUGACGAGACUAGUCUCCAUUUUGUCAGAGAAGCCUCUGCCAAUUACCUCCUUUAUUCUCAAUUAUAUGUUGCGAAACAGAUGUAAAAAUAAUAAUCGUAUCCCAAAUAUUCAUUUUGUGAAGAAAAUUGUUUUCGAAGCAAGAUGCGUCUAUUUCAUUUCAAAAGAUAUUGAUAUUUAUACUUCCACUGACUGAUGGCUGACUUGGUUGAUUUUUCUGCUUCUUCGGUCCGGUUAGCUUCAUCUCAUUGCGACAAUUCUGCGGUCUUUUGAACUCAAAAUGUUACUAAUUCGAAAAAAUUCUUUCCAAAAGUAAGACGUACCUAUUCUUCUUUUUCGGAAAGAACCAACAAAUGCAAUCAUUGCCAUCUUGGACUUCGACGUUUCUCCAUCGAGUUUCUAUGAACUGAAAAAUCGUAAAGCUACUGGGUUCCAUUUGUGAUACGUCGUGCUUUUUCACAUUCUUCUUUGCUAAUAAACUCACGUACUGGCAGUUCCUGUCAUGACGCGUCACAAUUAUACCGGGCAUAGUUUGGGAAAAAUUAACGAAACAGAGUACGAGUUGGAAAAUGCCAACUUGUCCGGAACGCUAUCGAUUAUUUCCGUCCCUCAAAUUGCACAAUUGUUUAAGUCAUCAAAUAUACAUGUGCAUUACAAAAACAUCAACUUUUCUCUCGAGUUGUAUAAAGAGCUGAAAUUUUUAGGGUAAACUCAUGGAGGGGUUCCUGUAAAGGCAACACAAAGACAGAUAUUUUCCCAUGUGUUCUGGAAAAAUCACCAUAUACUAAUCUCCAUUUCAGAGAUAAAUGGCCGUGGAUAUUUUUCGAAUAGCUUUUGAUAGGAAUGAGAUAGAGACCUGUGGUUUUUACCGUUGGAAAGAGUAGAUGAAAAUACAUCGAAUCAUAUAUACAAAGAUUUUUCUAACGACUUUCCUGAAGGUUUUAGUCAAACGUUUUCAAAGAAUUGCGUUUUUCUCCUACGUUAAAAAAGUGAUUUUUCUAUCGAAAUAUCACAAAAAAACUCCAUUUUUCGGCUAUUUUGUUGAAAAACUGGUUGGUGAAUUGCAUUCCAAUGGCUAGAAUAUCGUAUUGGUAAUAGUUAUGAAUAGAGCCUUUCCAUAGUUUUUUGUAGCUCUUCAUUUGGCGGUUCUAGCACACUCCUGAAAGCCAAUAAAUUAAUAUCGCAAUCAUGAGAGGCAUGCUGUUUUUCUUGAAGUUUUACGUAAAACCUUCAGGAAAGUCGUUAGAAAAAUCUUUCUAGAUAUGGUUCGAUGCAUUUUCAUCUGCUCUUUCCAGUGGUGAAAAUCGCAGGUCUCUAUCUCAUUCCUAUCAAAAGUUAUUCGAAAAAUACCCACGGCCAUUUAUCUCUGAAAUCGACAUUAGUUGUGAAAUUUUAAAGUACCCAAAUUUUUAAAGUAUUCAGUAUUUUUUUCAAGUAUCUCAGCCUAUGGAAAAAAGUUCAAAUUAACGAUAUAUAAUUUUGUGCGUCCGACAAUUCUCUAGCAACUGAAACAACUCUGCACUCGAUAUCUCGAAAUUUGUGAGACUAAGUACUUUUGAUAUGGAUACUACUUUUUAAUCAAUACAAUAAUGUUUUAAUUUUUUUGGAAAACUUUGAUUGUUGGAAAGUUAGCAUAUGAACGACCAAUAUGGACUGGUGGAGAUAUUGUUGGGCCAAAUAGAAACUUACGCAAAAAGGUAUCAGUUUUAUUUGAAGAGUUGAACUUGGUAAAGUACUGAUAGCAGCUGUCUCUUUUUUGCAGAAAUGAAGUUGUUGUAGGUAUUGACUUUGUGAAGGUUGAAGUCAGUUUUAAAAAAAGGCUGAUAGAGACAGGCGCUCACUUUGUGACACCGGUUUGGACAACUGAGAUGCACAACGGAUUUCUUUUAUGUGGGGAGGUUCGCUUGCACUAGAAGGCUAAAUUUUGCUGAUAUGGGACUUAGACUUAGGAAAUCUGGUGUCUGUGACUGUUUUGCAUGAAUCUACCGAAAAAAACAGAGGGCUUACACCGUAUCACUGAUAAUGAACGUACUUUGAAAAACUGCUACUCACUUUACAGUUUUUUUUGUUUGCAAGAACUCCAUUUAAGGCCCCCCCCCCUCAAAAUUCGAUCUCAGCUCCAGAACAUCGUGAUAGCAUGAAACUUUGGGGAUAUGUUGGGGAUGUAAAAGUACGUCUGUGAUAAAAUUUUCAGCGUCCUAUCCUGAUGCAUAAGGUACCUACGAACUAAACAAGGGUCGAAAAAUAGCUUAUCGCAUACGCACGAAAUCUCGAUGGGUGUUCAUUCAAUUUGGUUCAUCGUUUUUUCAUAUGAAAGAGCAUGUCAGGAUGCAGUGCCUAUGAGGGCCCUUUUUUCCAAACUCAUAUCUUUAUAAAGAAAAAAAAGCUUCAUAAACUCAAUGACUUAAAAAUCCCUCAAAAAAAUCAUGCUUAUAUAAUGAAGUCGCUUUUCAUUAUAAUAAUAAGAAAGCUUUAUCAAAAAAAGGGCCCUCAUAGGCACUGCAUCUUGACAUGCUCUUUCAAACAAAAAAAAAUAUUUGACUUUAUAUCGGGUAAUAACUGACUUUCGGUGCGUAUGCGUAAUUUGACCACCAUUUUGAGAAAAACGUGAAACAAUUUUUUUAUGUGAAAUUUCCGAGAAAUAUCUUUUAUUAUGUGAAUAUCUCUGCCUAGUUAAAGGAUAUCAUUUUCCUUCUUCUUCAGAAGUUUCUCUGGGAGAAGUUCUAAUGAAGCUGUAUAAAAAAAACAUCUAUUAACUUGAUAAAAUGGUCUUUAAAGAUGUUACCAUAAGAGAUGGGAUGCUGACAGCUAUUUAUCUAAAUUUUCGGAUUUUUUUGAAAACUUGUACGUAUACACAGGAGUUGCAAUUUGAAAUACUUAUACAAAAAAGGGAGCUAGUCUCAUAGAAUAGCUUUACGUAUUCAAUUGUAACUAGCUGCUACUGUACAUUGAAUAUUGAGAGUUAGAUCCAACGUCGAUAUGACCCGCGCGAAUGUACAAGACCAUAUAUACCAUGUAUUGUUUUUCUUCCUUUCUCUCUCGCCAUCUAUAUAGUAAAGUUUCCAUUCUUUAAGAUUGGUUUUAUCUUUUCUUUAACUUUAUUUACAUUAUUGUUUUGUUUUCUUUUUUAUUCUGUUUCUCUCGUUCUCAUCCUUAUUGUUAUUAAGUAUGUGUUUUGAAUCUUCAAUAAAAAAACUAGUAAUACGUCGAGAAUUCAACAGAUACUCUGAACAAAAACAAAUGAUGAGUUUUUUUCCUUUUUAGAUUGAUUUCUAAUUUCGCUAUACAAACGCAUACACGCACACAUAUACAUAUAUAUGCUAUGGCCAACAAAUGACGUCCAAAGUACGGUUUCAAAAGGUAUGUUUUGUUGACUUACAUAUUAUCAUAAAAAAAUUGUAUUUUAUUCACAGAGUUCGUCCACGAAUAAAAAACUUACGUUCAAAAUCCAAGCCAUCUGCAUCAGAAGUACCUACAAUGUCGGCUUCAUCAUCUACGACUAGCAAACGCACAUUACCUGCAUCUAGUCAAAAAAUUAUCAAGAAACAAAAAACAACUAGCAACAUAUCAUCUGAUUCUGAUGCACCCUUGGAUGCGUACUCUAUUAUUCAAAAUAAUUUAUUACGAUCUUUAUUAUCUAAAACAAAAUGCGCAUUAUGCGAGAAGCAAUGGGAUGGUACAAUGCACAUGAAUAAAAGAGAAGGAUUAUUCGUUAUUCUCUCUUUUGAAUGCAGUUUUUGUAAUAAUAGAAUUAGCAUAAGUGAGUAAUGAUAUAGUCGUCUUUCUCGAUAAUCGUGCUAUUAUGAAUUUCUUUUCAUUUUUAGAUUCAAGUCCUCAAGUAAAAGAUUCUAAAUGACAUGAUAUUAAUGUGAGAACUCAACUUGCAGGGCAUUUAACAGGUAUUCGCCAUGCUGGAUUACAAAAAAUAUGUGCAGCAUUAAAUUUACCACCACCAUUAGAAGAAGGACGUCACAGCAAACGUGAUAAAGAAUUAUUACAAGUAGUACAAAAAUUUGCCAAUGAAUCUAUGUCAACAGCCAUACAAGAAGCUAUAGAUGUUGCCAAAAGUACUGACAUCACCGUUAGUGGUGAUGGAACAUGGCAAACAAGAGGUUUUUCUAGCAAGCAUGGUGCUGCUGACUUGAUAUCUACAUGUGAUUCUCCGAAAGUCGUUGACAUUGAGACAUGUUCAAAAACAUGUAAUGUUUGUUUAGGUGCCGAAAGCUUAUUACAAUUAGGAACACCAGAAGCCCGAACAAAAUAUGACCAAAUAAUAAUUAAUCACGAUUGUGGAAAAAAUUUCGAUCAACCUUCUGGCAAUAUGGAAGCAUCGUCCAUCUUAAAAAUGUUUCGAAGAUCUGUAAAGAAAUAUGGUGUUCGCUAUGUAAAAUACAUAGGAGAUGGUGAUUCUAAAACAUUUUCUGUACUAAAGACAGAAAUACCUUACAAAGGUGAAAUCUUUGAAAAAUUAUGUGGUUACAUCGGUUUUUACACUGAGAACAUACUGAUCUCAUUCGACGAUGAACGCUUACAUACUGCAAAUAAAGAAUAUAUGCGCAAACAAAAGAAGUUGAUCAAUCUAACUGAAGCAAUUAAAGAUACAACUGAUGAAGAAACACAUGGUAUAUCUGAUGCUGAUGAUGUUAGUGAAACAUCUGAUCAACAAGAUGAAAAUAAUGAUGAUUUCGAUGAUGAUGAUUAUGAUGAUGUUAGUUCCAGUGCUCAUACUUCGUUUGAUGGUGAUGAAACAUCUCACAACAACACCGAUAACGAAGAUGAUAAUAAUGAUGAUGGAAGUCGACAAGCAGAAGAUCUUUAUUAUAAUCCAAAAAGUCGGAAGUGGAAAGACUCGGACGAAGACAAUUAA